CGCCCGUCCAGCCGGCGUCCGACACCGUUGUCGUGGACAUCUUUGACGAUGAAGAUUAGCUAGGAUAGCACGUAGUAUGUAGUACGUAUGAUUUUUUUGAUAUAAAGGUUAAAAUAUGAAAGACUCUAAUGCAGACUAGCUAUAAGGCUUGAAUGCAAACUAGCUAAUUUGAGGCGUGACAGAGGGCGUUUGGCCGGAGAUGCUCCAACAGUGUUCUUGUUUACCCUUUCCUCAAUCCGUCAUCCCUACUCGUUGCUGCUUCUAUUUUCCCAUCCCCAACAAAGGUUGAGAAUCGAAACGCAAGACGGCACUCCGGUUGUUGACCCCGCCGCCCGAGCUUGCUGCUGCACAGCCAUCGCCGCCGCCGCCGCCGCCGCCGGUAUCCCUUGUCCUGCUCACCGCUGCUCACGCCCCUCAGAAGACAAUUCAAAUGGAAACCAAUGGGUUAUCUAUCAAGAGUCAGGAAACCGGGUCAAAAAGAAAGUGGGAGACUAAUGCAGACCUCAGCCGCCGCUUUUGCACUAGCCAACAUGAAAGUCCAUGGGAAGGCGGUGCAGCGAAGCACAUCACAUGCCAUUCCUCUGAGUACCAAGGCCAGUCUUCGCAAGAGUGUCCACCAUGGAAUUAUGGUUCGCUCACUACCUCGCCAGGGAAGCAAAAAGAUUUCCGCUUUUGCAGUAACCAACAUAAAAGUCCAUGGGAAGGCGGCACAACAGAGCACAUCGCAUGGCAUUCCUCUUGGUACCGAGGCCACUCUUCACAAGAGUGGCCUACACGGAAUGGUGCUUCACUCACCCCCUCGCUAGGGAGGCAAAAUGAUUUCCGCUUUUGCAGUAACCAACAUACAAGUCCAUGGGAAGGCGGCACAACAGAGCACAUCGCAUGCCAUCCCUCUUGGUACCAAGGCCACUCUUCACAAGAGUGGCCUACACGGAAUGGUGGUUCACUCACCCCCUCACCAGAGAGGAAUGAUUUCCAUGUUUCAGGAGGUCAGUUCUUUCUGACAUUCAACCCAUACGAACAAGAUGUAGAAAGUAGGUACCUUCAGGACAAAAAGAACGGGGUAAUCACUUGUUUGGUCUGUGGCAAGGAAGGACAUUACAGUAGUAAGUGCCGUUUCAAGGAUCAAGAGCACAGAAUCAUUUGCACAGUCUGUGGCAAAAAUGGCCACUGUAGCAUGUGGUGUUGCCAGCAGAACAAGUCGGAGAAUCGAGCUUGCACCCGCUGUGGAGAGAUAGGGCAUAGUACCAGUACACAUGGUCUCAGUUGCUCAAGCUGCGACGAGCAUCAUGACGAUGGAGAGUGCCGAUUGAGCGAAGUUAAAUGCUUUAUUUGUGAAUGUCAGGAUCAUUAUCUUGCUCAGUGCCCCUUGAAUUCAGUAUUGACUGAGGCAGUUAAGGGUCAGAGAGACAACUUCCAAGCUGCUCUGCGGCUUGCACUAUCAAAACAAGGCAACCCAUCAUCUACACCUGCCAAGUGUUCUGCAAAAUCAGAAGGAAAAGUACUGACCGCCAACAACUCUAGUCCAAUAGUCACCGCAUACAACGCAAGCACAACAAUAUGCUUUACAUGCCGUGAAGAAGGUCACUUUGCUUUUCAGUGUCCUCAGAACAGCCCCGGCCUGUGCAUAGUAUUUGAAGAGAGCGGCACUAUAGCUACAUCCGCCAACCUGUCCAAAAAAUUAGAAGAAUGGGACCCUGAUACUGGUACUGCUAAACAAUCAUCAGAAAUGAAGCCGAUAUUAUACGAUCGAUGUUGCCCCUCAAAAGCAAAAGUACUGCCCCCCAACAAGUCUAGUCCAAUGGUUAGAACAUGUAAAACAAAAACAAAAGGGAAGAAAAAGAUGUGCUAUACAUGCCGGGAAGAAGGCCACUAUGCCCGUAUGUGUCCGCAGAGGUUCGGAGCUAUAUCUGGCAACACGUCAAAAGAACUAGAAGAGAGCAGCACUAUACCUACAUCCUCAAACAUGUCCAAAGUAUUGGAAGAACAGGACCCUGGUACUGCUAAACAGUCAUCAGAAAUGAAGCCGGCAUCGAUUGUUCAAUGUGUUAGCUGUGGUCAGGAAGGGCACAGGGCCAGGAGCUGUCCAACAGUGGUGUUUACAUGCUACAAAUGCAAUGAAGAAGGCCACACAGCCAAUGAUUGCCGUCAGAACCAAUCAUCAGAAAUGAAGCCGGCAUCAGUUGUUCGAUGUGUUAGCUGUGGUCAGGAAGGGCACAGGGCCAAAAGAUGUCCAACAGUGGUGUUUACAUGCUACAAAUGCAAUGAAGAAGGCCACUCAGCCAAGAAUUGCCCUCAGAACCAAUCAUCAGAAAUGAAGCCUAAAUCGAAUGUCUACUGUGUUAGUUGUGGUCAGGAAGGGCACAUGGCCAAGAGGUGUCCAACACGAGUGUUUACAUGCUUCAGAUGCAAUGAAGAAGGCCACAUAGCCAAGAAUUGCCCUCAGAAGCGUUAAGACUGCCACGCCGAGAGCUGUCGGUAAAGCAAACAGUGCCACACACUAUACACGCCGUUACAUAUUCAAUCACGCCGAGAAGCAGCUGGUGAAGAGAUUUUGACACUGAGAUACGACCAAGGAAGCUCGCAAAGUUACUCACUGAGCUGAGCCAGACCUCCACCUUUGACCAAGAAGUUGUUGCAGAGUUACUAGCUUUUUCUUGUGAUAUUCUAGCUGUUGAAAGUUUUCAAGGAUAUGGGUCUACUUAUGAUAUGUGUUUUAGAAUGUCCUUUUCUAUGAAGUUGGUGGUGCCAAUUGAAGAUCUGAUGAAAAGACAUUCCCAAGACUGCGUUCACAACUGCCGGACUGUGCAAGUUACUGGCAUGUUCCUUGGUUUAAUAAAUGCUUAUCCAUACUAAAUGAACUUGAUGAAGUGUAAGGAAUACAUCUGGGUAAGUUGCGGCAAUAUUCUGUAAUAUCUGAAGAAUGCAUAGAACAUCUGAGUUAGUACUGGAAAGUUCCGUAAACACCAUGAGUUGGUACUGGAGAAGUUUUGGAACCAUUUAAAUGAUGAGUUCAUCAUGUGUGAAGUCUGAA